AUGGCGCGCAGACAGCAUCUCUCGGCGAUUGUCGUCCUGGCCAUCGUGGCCUUCUUCAGCGUCUCGUACCUGUUCUCAUCUGGGAUCAGCGACGGCACCAGCUCCCAAUCGGCCCCGGCGCCGCUGGCCAAAGACUCGACUCCCGCAGCGGCAUUCGACAUUGGCGCCAUUGACAGCAAUAUUCUUGUUGGCGGUUCUAUCGCGCCCAAGCUCGAGAAUGCGACGGCCAAGGCCGAGCUCGGUCGCGCCUCUUGGAAGUUCCUCCACACCAUGAUGGGCCGCUUCCCCGACAAGCCGAGCCCCGAAGAAAGUCUCACCCUCAAGACGUUCAUCACACUGUUCUCGCGCCUCUACCCCUGCGGCGAUUGCGCGUCGCACUUCCAGAAGCUCAUCGCCAAGUACCCGCCUCAGGUCAGCAGCCGCACAGCAGCCGCGGGCUGGCUAUGCUUCGUCCACAACGAGGUCAACACAAGGCUGGAGAAGGACCUGUUCGAUUGCGCGAACAUUGGCGACUUUUACGACUGCGGAUGCGGCGAUGAGGACAAAAAGAAAAAGGAGGGGGGAGAAGGGGUCGAAUUGCGAGGGGACGAUAGCAAAGCAUUCGAGCUCCUCGGCGAUAACAAGGCUGUGACAUCGGAGGGUCUCGUAGAUGUGCAUUGA